GUACGAAAAUUAGACGUCUAAUAUACAGAAUUCAAAAAACCUAUCGGAGCUCCGAAUCUUCAUAAACCCUAAUUUCUGCUCUACUACUAUCCAGGUAUUGACACCCUUCACAAUUUUUACUUGUAAAUUCAUACGUUUCUUGUCAUAAUCUCACCGCUUCACUUAAUUUUAUUGCACAAGUUUACAUAUCUAAAUAUGCACACACAGAUUAAUGACCAUUGAAGAAGCUUAGUCUCUUUGCAUCAAAUUAAAUUCAUGGCUCUGCGUUGCCUCCUCUACAGAACCCACAAAUUCAAAUUCUUAUCACUGCCGGAAAACCCCGUUUUUGAUCAACACUUCUUAAACCCUAAACCCUCUUUUCUUUGUGUGUUCACAUCAUAUUUUUCCACCUCAUUUCUCAUUACUAAAACCCCUAAAAAAUUCAAGAAACGCAAGAAAAAAGAUAGCCCGCGAACAAACCCGAUACAAAAGGAUUACCCCCGGAUACCCCAUUUUGAGAACUUGAUUCUGCGUGAUGCUCAUUUUCGGUUUCUUACUAAAACUAAAGCUUAUCUUUUUAAACAACCGGAGCAUGUUCUCCAGCUUGAUGAGGCUGGGAAGCUCCAUAAGGAGCUUGGGUUUCCGAGGGGGCGCAAAGUGAUGCGUUCGAUUCAGCAACAUCCGCUUCUUUUUGAGACGUAUCGGCAUACUGAUGGGAAAAUGUGGUUUGGAUAUAGUGAUUUGAUGGAGAGUUUGGUGGAUGAAGAGCUUUGUAUUUGGGAUAAAAUGGAAAGAGAUAGAGUUAAUGUAGUCAGAAAGUUGUUAAUGAUGUCUGCCAACAAGAGGAUUCCGUUGAGUAAAAUUUAUCAUUGUAGGUUGUUGUUUGGAAUACCGGAAGAUUUCAGAGACAGGGUGUUGAGAUAUCCGAAUUAUUUCAAGAUUGAAGUUGAGAAUGAUGGGAAAAGAAUACUUGAGCUUGUUAACUGGGAUCCAUCAUUGGCUGUCAGUGUGUUAGAGAAAGAGUUUUUGGUCGAUGAGGAUCGAGUUAAGAGGGCGUUUAAAUUUCCGGUAAAACAUGGCAAGUUGUUGGACCUGGAAAUGGAUGAUGAAAGGAGAUUGAAUUUGUUGAAUACGCUUCCUCUUGUUUCUCCUUAUUCGGAUGGGGCAAGUUUGGAUCUUUGGACACUGGAAGCAGAAAAGUAUAGGGUUGGGGUAAUUCACGAGUUUCUGAAUUUGACAUUGGAGAAAAGGGCCUCUAUACACCAUAUAGUGGAGUUUAAGGAGGAGCUGAGUCUUACUAAGCAUACUUAUCAGAUGCUAUUAAAGCAGCCCCGGACAUUCUACUUGGCUGGCACUGAGAUGAAUUGGGUUGUCUUUCUGAAGGAAUGUUUUGGGGAAGAUGGAAAAUUGAUCAAUCAGGAUCCCCAACUGGAUUUCAAUGAGAAGUUGUAUAAAUAUGCGGAAAUGCAAGAAAAGGAGUCAGGGAUAGAUCAUAUUUAAAUUUUGAUUCGGUCAACAUACUCUUCAAAUCAUUUGCUUGAUUUAUAUCGGGAGAACUGUUUUAGGAAACUAAUGGCAAGGCACGACCUGGUCAGAUUUUGUUCUCUGAAAGGAGGCUGACUUGGAAGCUUCUGAAGAUUGAAAUAGCACCGGGUGGGUAGAAAAUUGAACUCCGAUCACAAGUUUUGGCCAGGAGGCCCAGGACAGUCAAAAUUUCCUCUGAAACAAUUCCAUUAUACUGAAUUAAAGGAACACAUGCAUAUUGCAGAAUACAGAAGUGUCUUUUGACCACUGGAAUUACAGUCCAUGUUAAAAUUUUUGAGUCUAGUUUGAACAAUAUGUAUUUAUUCUCUACUUCUCCUGAAAUCUGACUAGCAUCCAUAGUUUGAACUUUGAACAGCUGUUAGGUGAGAGGUGAAUCAAAAGUAUGUAGUUGACAGAAUUUGAAAUUAAAUCUCAAGUUCUAUCACAUGUAUGAUUGUGGACUUCUGAGAAGAACGAUAACAAAGUUCUUGUUUUUUCUUCCACUAAUAUAUAUUACUCCCUCUUGUCAAGUAUUCUUGAAACA